UCUGCGUGGGGAGCAGCGGCCAGCAGCGACCUGCAGCGUCCUCGGAUCUGAAGCUUUCUGGAGUGAGGACCAGUCACAGCGCCAUGGGUCUGUUCAGCUUCCUGAGUGCGAUCAUCACCAGAGCUUUGUUCAUUCUGGUUUCUCUGGUGGCCGUCUGGAGGGUGACAAAAGUCAAGGAAGAUCCCUAUUACUGGCUGCUGACUUUUCUCUUUCUGCCGCUUGCUGUUGAAAUGAUCAUAACGCUGAAGAAGCAGAAGGGACAUGAGUACAAAUGGUUUUCUCCCACCAUUUUUCUCUUUCUCAUAAGUAUCAUUCCCUCCAUCUGGAUCCUGGAGCUUCAUCACCAGCAGAACAAGGCGCAGGACGACAAGUGCAACCGUCUGGAUUCUAAGGAUGUUUUCCACAGAUUAAUCGCCCUGAAUGAAACAUCAGGAAACAUCACAGCAUAUGAGUACUUAAAGAGAUUUGGUCACAUGGUGUCGAAUUUUUGCCCAAACAACUGGAUCCUGGCUCUUCAUCAGAUUCUGCUCAUCCUCCUCAUCAUAGGGAAGUGGAUUCUGCCUUUGGGAGGCGGGGUCACCAGAGACCAGCUGUCUCAGCUGCUGCUCAUUUUCGUUGGCACAGCGGCAGACAUCCUCGAGUUUACCAGCGAGACGCUGGAUGAUGUAAAAGACACCAGUCCUCAGCUGGUCUACAUCAUCUUAGCUGUAUGGAGUUGGAGCAUGAUGCAGUUCCCCUGUCAUCUGUGUGUGGUGAGGUCCAUGAGCGACGAAGCAGCUGACGAGGGCAUCCACGAAGACUCCUUCUGGUCCAAACACAGCACCGACCUGUGGAGCAUUGUGGAGACCCUGUUUAUUCAGGACGGCCCCUUCCUGGUGGUCCGGCUCACCGUCAUGACAUACUUUGGUAUUUUCCACCAAAUGAUUGUUUUCUUUGCCUUUAAAAACUUCCUGGUUGUCAUCCUCAACGUGUACAGGUUGUUUGUGUUAUACAUGGAUUUUAAGUCCUCCGGGCACAGCAGCGCUGACUAAAGAGUCAGAUAAAGGCAUCUCUGGGAGGGAAUGUCGCACCUAAGACGUUACGGAGAGAACAAAUGGGCAGACUUUUCAUGUCAAGCAGGGAAAGUAAUAAAUUUAUGUUUUUGUGUUUUCCUUUUACACAUUUUCUAACAGCAACAGUGUGAAAUCGAUUUGCUAGGAAUACUCAACAUCAUUCCUCUCCGAAAGAACCAGAACCUGCUUUCUGUUUCAUUACAGGAUUAAAACAGCCUCUCUAACUUUGUCUAUGUUAAAACACACACUUCUUCUUUCCGACUUGCUAUUAAAAUAAUCCAUCUUAGUUGAAAGACACAACUUUCCUGUCACAUACAAAAUGAGCGGUCCAACCGAAAACUAGACAGGACACAUUGUAAACUAUAGUAACUGUUGAAACAAGAUCAACGUUCAGCUCAAAUUAGAUUCAAAUAAACUAAACUUGGCUAAGAAAGUCAGAACUUUUUUUUUUCUGGGUUGAUGUUUUCAAUUGCUUUUGCCAAUUGAUUUUGAACCAAACAGAAAGCUGGUUUGUUUCUCCUUAAGUGGUGCCGCGUUAAUCAGGAAAAUCCAUUUUUAUGGUGAGCUGCAGAGUUGAGUCUGUGGGCUGUACCGCUGAAAAACCACCAAAAAACCUCAUUCCACUAUUGUUACCUGUUGAUCAUUAGGUUCAUAACUCAAGUCUGAAAAAAAACCAGGAAGUAUUAGCAGUUUAACAAUGUAUUCCUUUGCCAGAGGUCUCAGUAGUGUGUGCACAACCACAGCAGUCUGGAACCUCCUCGUGAUCACCGCUAUGACUGUGGUCACACACUGCUGUGGGAUGCCAUGCCACUCUCAGACAAGCACGUGUCCCAAGUCAAACAAUGUGGCUGCGUUGAUCACUCUGGCACUAAAGGUUGGCCCACAAGCGUUCAGUCGGGUUUAGGUCAGGCCUGCAUUGAGACUAUUCCACCGUCUCCACUCCCAAACCUUUGAGGUAGUCUUAGAUAAACCCCUCUAUCACUAGAUAGUGGCAUUAUAUCAUGUUUAAUUUCACCCUUGCUUGGAACCUCCUUACAUGUCAUAUAGGUACAUUUCAACAUAGUGUUAAAAAGAUCCCUAUCCUUCAACACUCUUUUCAGGAAGUAAAACUCACAUUAUACAUGCAGUAUUUAUAUUAAAUAGUGUAUUUCAUGUAAUUUUGACCCCAAAUGAAGUGUCUCAGGAAAAAUUAGAAUGUUACACAAGAACAAUGAAAAAGGUUGUUGUAAACAGAAAUGUCAGGCAUCUGGAAAGUACAGCUGGCGAUCAGCCUCUGGUUCUGCUAGGGUGUAAUGGGAUGGCUUUGAUAGCUGGCUGGUGUCCAGUUCUUCUUCUUAGCCCAGGUGAGACAUUUCUGGAGUUUUUUCGGGUUCAGGACUGACUUGACGUGAGGAAUGUGACGUCUGUGACCCAUGUGUAGGAUUCGUCUGUGUGUGGUGGCUCUUGAUGUGCCGACUCCAGCCUCAGUCCACUCCGUGAAGCUCCCCCGAAUUCUCAGAUUUUAGAUGGUUAUGGAAUAUUCUGAUUUUCUGAAACACUGAUUUUUAUCCUGAAAUAUUUUACUCUGUGUAUAAUGAAUGCAUGUAAUGGUCUAACCUUUUGAAAUUAGUGAUGAUUUUU